AUGGAGGCUAUGAAGUCUAAGGCCAAUUAUGCCCAGAACCCAAGUUGUAGCAUAAUGAUAUUUCAUCCAACCAAAGAAGAGUUUAAUGAUUUUGAUAAAUACAUCGCUUACAUAGAAUCCCAAGGUGCAUACAGAGCAGGCCUGGCCAAGGUAAUUCCCCCCAAAGGAUGGAAAGCCAGACAGACUUAUGAGGGUAUCAGUGACAUCUUAAUAGCUGCCCCUCUCCAGCAGGUAGCCUUUGGGGAGGCAGGUGUGUUUACUCAGUACCACAGAAAGAAAAGAGCCAUGACCGUGAGCCAGUAUCACCACCUAGCACAUACUGUAAAAUAUCAAGCUCCACCACACUUGGAUUUUGAGGACCUGGAGCAAAAAUACUGGAAAACGCGCCUGCGCGGUUCCCCCAUCUACGGCGCCGAUGUCAGUGGCUCCUUGUUCGAUGAGAACACGAAGCAGUGGAACCUGGGCCACCUGGGCACCAUCCAGGACCUGCUGGAGCAGGAGUGCGGAGUGGCCAUCGACGGCGUCAACAGCCCGUACCUGUACUUCGGCAUGUGGAAGACCGCCUUCGCCUGGCACACGGAGGACAUGGACCUUUACAGCCUCAACUUCCUGCACUUCGGGGAGCCCAAGACGUGGUACGCGGUGCCCCCUGCGCACGGCCGGCGCCUGGAACGCCUGGCCAGGGAGCUGUUCCCUGGCCCCGCGCGGGGCUGCGAGGCCUUCCUGAGACACAAGGUGGCGCUCAUCUCGCCCACGGUCCUCAAGGCCCAGGGCAUCCCCUUUGGCCGCGCCACUCAGGAGGCGGGCGAGUUCAUGGUGACGUUUCCCUAUGGCUACCACUCGGGCUUCAACCACGGCUUCAACUGCGCCGAAGCCAUCAACUUCGCCACCCCGCGCUGGGUCGAUUAUGGCAAAGUGGCGUCGCAGUGCAGCUGCGGGGCGGCGCGGGUGGUGUUCUCCAUGGACGCGUUCGUGCGCAUCCUGCAACCCGAGCGCUACGAGCUGUGGAAACGGGGACAGGAUCGGGUGGCGCUGGAACACACGGAGCACCUGUCCUCGCCUGGCAGCCUGGAGUUGAGUGCCUGGAGGGAGGUCCGCGAGCCUGGGGGGGCUGCUUUCAGCCCAAGGUACUGCCCGCCUCGUGUGGCCUCACGCCACCGUCGUGCAGGGUCUGCGGGUGGUGGGACCUGCCGCCGAGUCCCCGUGCGUUCUGUGUCCUCAAGCCCUGCACGAGUCCGGCGUUCUUCCUCCGCUGCCCAGCUCGAGGCUUCUGCUGCUUGCAGCUCCGGGAAGCCCAGAUCCACCCGGUGGCCAACCCCAUGCCCAGCCACCCCUGAUCUCCGUCUAAGUGGCAGCUGGGGCCUCAAGCCUCAACCCUUGCCUGCUGUUGGACCCUUGAUGGACAGCCCAGUCCCUCUGAGCCCUGGGCUCCAGCAUCCUGCUGAGGCUUCUGGGCACUGCUGUGCCCCUGUCCCCUAA